AUGGAGGCCCUGUCACCGCGCAGCACAAAUCAGAUGAUAAAGCCCAAGCCUGUGAUGGACCGGAAAAUGGGCGACAGACACGACAAGAAUGCUGCUGGCGCUGCGCCAAAACCCUCGACGUCCAAAAACCAUGCCGACCCGCCGCCAUCAAUAGUCACCGAACCCGAGGACGGCGCAGAGCGAUAUUCGAUUGGCGCAUUUUUGGGCAAAGGAGGAUUUGCCGUGUGCUACGAGGGUACCCUUGCGCGUAACAAUCGCGUUUUCGCAAUGAAAGUUGUGAAAUCCCACAUGCCGCAAAAAAAAAUGGAGGAAAAGUUUCGAACGGAGCUCCAAAUUCACUCCAAGAUGCGUCACCCCUUUAUUGUGCAGUUCUUCCGCGCAUUCGCAUUCGGCCAAAGCACAUACGUUGUGCUCGAGCUAUGUCCGAACGGUUCAGUGAUGGAUAUGGUCCGCAAGCGACGGUGUCUCACCUUGCCAGAGGUGCGACGCUUCAUGAUUCAGCUCUGUGCGGCUGUCAAGUACCUGCACAAACGAUUUGUUGCCCACCGCGACUUGAAGAUGGGCAAUCUGUUUUUGGACCAUAACAUGAACCUCAAGGUUGGAGACUUUGGGCUGGCCGCAAUCAUUUUGUCAGACAAGGAUGCGAAGCGACGUAACACAUUAUGUGGAACGCCCAAUUAUAUCGCACCGGAAGUUCUCGACAAGAGUAAAGGUGGACACACCCAAAAAGUGGAUAUCUGGUCGCUCGGCGUUAUUUGCUUUGCGAUGUUGACUGGAUACCCGCCCUUCCAAUCAAAAACCCAAGAAGAGAUCUACAAGAAAGUGCGAAGUCUCACCUAUGUCUGGCCUAAGGAGUCCGAGCACAACAACUAUAUCCCAGACGAGGCCAAAGACCUGGUCAGCGCUUGCCUGAACUUGGUGGACGAAGAACGCCCUGACCCCGACGACAUCGUCGAACACCCGUUCUUCAACAUGUACGACGGCUGCAUUCCUCGCCAACUGGAUCCCGCAUGCCGCUUCAAUAAACCCAUCUGGCUGAAGGAUGCAUCCCCACGUGGCGAUGCUAUGAUUCGGGGUUACGGCUUGGACUCGGAUGAAAAGUUGCGCGCCUAUGUUUACCAGGUGGACGACCCCAGUCAACGGUACCAUUCCUGCAAGGCUGCCUUCUAUUCCCUGUGUGGUGUCGGACGGAAACCCGAUGGAACUGCUCGGAAGUCUGUGGGUAGGAACUGCUCGAAGUCAGCAUAUUCCGAAUGCGAGACUGAGGAUUCCAGAGGCCUACGUCCGAUCGUUCCUUUGCCAGAUGAUUUUGUGUAUCGAUGGCCACACGAUGGCGAGGGUGACUGGUGUUUGAUGGAGACCUCGAGGAAGACAAUUCGGACAGAGGAAUCUGCUCUUGACAGUAGCAUUUUAUCCAAACGCAGUGUUUCUUCUCGUCCCAACCCUAUGGCAACAACACGGACUAAUGCAGCCCUUGCAGCUGCACAGCAACGGAGAAUGGAGGGUCAGAAUCAUGCCGCAACCCUUCGGCAACAGGCCCGCCCAGGAAUGGACUCCAUUCGCAAGCCUGAAUCGUCCUCCCGACCUUAUUGUGACCCCAGGGAGUCUGAAGCCGCGCCGGCUGCUGGCAGCGAAGCACCUCCGGGUGGCCUAGCCGAACGCCCUAUUCGUACUCGCAGAAUGGUUUCCGCUUCUGAUGCACCUACCCUGCGUGGGAACAUGGCGCCUCAAUUAACCAAGUCUACCAGCGUUCCAUCUGGCCUCACAUAUGGCAAAACUCGUUCUCAAUCCCGAAGACUGGAAGCUGCCGGACAAGGACCAUCUCAUCCAUCUAUCCCUGAAUUAAAACCGUCUGCUCGACCAGAGGAUCGCAGAAUGGUAGGUCGCCAGCCGUCUUUACGAUCAUCAACUCGACAGGACCCAAGAAUUGCCGCCGAGAGAACAGAACGGCCAAGGGAAAUUCCGAUAGAAGAGGCCUCGGCGCCAAACCCAUACGCCAAGUCCACAUCUACUGCGAACGGAAUCGCCCGCUCAAACGGCAAGACCGGAUCACUGAACAAGGCUCGUUCCAGCCUUGGCUUGAGUCCACUCUUCCACCAGGAAGACCUUUGCGAGCUUCUGCCUGGAACGUCCGUCAACGAUGUAAACACCGAAAUCCGCCUGAUGUUGUCCAACCUGGUCAACCACGCUCCUUCUCGGCGUCGAGGCAGCUCGAGAAAGCAGCCCCACGCAUAUGUCAUCAAGUGGGUAGACUACACCAACCGCUACGGCAUUGGCUACGUCUUGGAUGAUGGCAGCGUGGGAUGUGUUUUUCGUGGGGAGAACGGUCAGCCGGCCACCAGCGUUCUCGUGCGCGAUGGCGAGAAACACAUCCGGCGUAAGGCGCGCAGUGUCGACAGUGAAGAAGGAAAGGGAAUCCCGUACUCCGAGGCAGACCAGCUGAUCCCUCGCAACGGCAAUCCCGUUGAGUUCUAUGAGAACCACGACGAUGAUUUGCUAGGAUGUCGUGGCAUCCGGCGGUCAUACGUCUCCCCGUCUCUGUUCGAUGCCAAGAGCCCCCGUGUGAUGAAGCUACGCGUGAACGGCGGAUCGGAAAUCGACAGGGCAGACGCCGAGAAGAUCAAACGUAUUAAAUUGGUCGAUCAAUUCGGCAAAUACAUGAUCGGAUCGCUUGGUCGCCAUGGUGAUGAGGGUCUGAACGAUGAGAUGUCCGCCCAUACCAAUGGUCAAUUCAUCAAGUUCUACCAGCGACUCGGAAACGUCGGCAUCUGGGGCUUUGGUGAUGGUGCCUUCCAGUUCAACUUCCCCGAUCACACCAAGCUCGUAAUCUCCCCCGGUCGUACUCGCAGCUCCUCGCCGUGGAUCGACUUCUACCAUCUUUCGCCUUCGGCUGCACGCUACUUCUCCGCCAAGGGCAAGAUGCACCCCUCUGGCUUCGACACUCGCGCCGUGGCGUCUGAUGAAGCAGCCACCUUUCUCAACAUCGCCAACGGUGACUCUAUCAAUUCAGUCGAGGACCGAAUUCGCGAAAUUCUAGACGCCAAUUCAUUCGUUCAAAAGAUCGGCUUCAUCAAGGAUGUCCUGAAAGGGUGGAUCAAGCAUGGUCGGCUUGGCGGUCGUCCUCUGCCCAACUAUCUCACUUCCGAAGACAACUCUAUGCCUCCCGAGAUGUUCUGGCAGGGCGUCCAGGAGCGUUCGCAGACUGGAAGCCAUGGAACUAAAUUCGUCUGGGUGACCGUCGGCGCCCCCGAUGGUGAUGGAGAGUAUCGGUCGGUUUUGUUGAAAGAAGGAGACCGAGAGAAGGUGGAGAAGAGGCCCGCUAUGGACGUGGAAAAAGAGAUGGAUAUGAUUAAGGAGCGACUGCGUAAUCUUGGGCCGUGA